AUGUAUUAUUCAAAAAGUUUCUUAGAAGAUUUAAAAACCUAUAGAACUCAACUUAAAAUUAUUGAAUUAGAUGAUAAUAAUUUGAAUAAUGAUUUAUAUAAUCAUUUGAAUAAUGAUUUAUAUAAUUAUUUGAAUAAUGAUUUAUAUGAUAAAUUAAUAGAUUCAA